AUGAACUCGGAGUCUUCGGCCGUGCCUCGGCCUUACAGCUCCUUCAGCAACCUGCAGAAAAAGUAUAUCGUCUUCACAGCGGCUGGGGCUGGCUUCUUUUCCUCUUUGUCGGCCCAGAUUUACUUCCCGGCCCUGAAUGCGCUGGCUGAGGAUCUGGGCGUGUCAUCGUCCUUGAUCAACUUGACGGUGACCAGUUACAUGAUCUUUCAAGGGAUUGCACCAAUGUUCCUCGGCAGCUUUGCAGACCAAACUGGCCGUCGACCCGCCUACAUCAUCUGCUUCGUCAUCUAUAUUGCAUCUAACAUUGGACUCGCAUUGCAGAGCAACUACGCCGCUCUGAUUGUGCUGCGAUGUCUGCAAAGUUCCGGGAUCAGUAGUAGCGUGGCGCUGUCCGCGGCGACCGUUGCCGAUGUCAGCACCAAAGAGGAGCGAGGAUCGUACAUGGGCAUUGUCAUGGCAGGCAACUUCUCGGGACCAGCCAUCGGCCCCAUUAUUGGCGGUCUUCUGGCCCAGUAUCUUGGCUGGAAGUCGAUUUUCUGGUUCCUGACUAUCGCAUCGGGCGUCUUCUUGGUGCCUCUCCUCUUAUUCCUUCCGGAGACCGCACGGAAUGUCGUCGGGGACGGCACGUCUCCCGCACAGUCAUGGAACCGGCCUCUCGUGCAAUACUUCUACCAUAACAGCGCGGCCAAGCAGCCUUCGGAGGAUCUCGACCGAUCCGACAGCAGUGGCUCGCCAGAGAAGCCACAGCACAAGCUCUCAUUCCCCAACCCGCUGAAACCUCUCGUGAUCGUGUUCCAUCCAAACUCGAUCAUCGUCCUCUUGGUCACAGGUGUCAUCAUGGGAGGCAACAUGACUGUCCUCUCUUCCAUCACAGAAAUGUACUCCACACAGUACGGCCUAAGCAUUCUCCAAAUCGGCCUCUGCUACAUCACGCUAGGCACCGGGUCCAUCCUGGCCUCCGUCAUAACGGGCCGACUCCUUGACUGGAACUACCGACGCAGUGCCGCAAAACUCGCCGGCCCAGAUGCCACCCCGGAACAGAUACAGGCGCAAAAAGAGUCAGUUCCUGUCGAAAAAGCCCGCAGCGCCAUCACUAUCCCACUAGUCGUCAUGGGCAGUGUGACGGUGCUGGCGUUCGGCUGGGUGGUCAACUUUGGGGUACACCUUGCGGCGCCCGAGGUGCUCCUGUUCUUCAUCGGCAUGGGCCAGACUGGUGGUUUCAUUUCCACCUCCACGCUGCUUGUCGAUCUGCACACGACUCACCCGGCCGCUGCGACUGCCGCGAAUAACAUGGUGCGGUCUUUCUUCUCGGCUGCGGCAUCGGCAGCCAUCGAUCCCAUGCUCAAUGCCAUAGGUCGGGGGUGGGCCUUUACGCUGGUGUCAUUCAUUUUGCUGGGAACGAUCCCGUUCCUCUUGUUGCUUUGUGGAAUGUGGCGAAAGAACAGGAAAAAUUCUGCCGAGAGAACGGAGGAUUGA